GCCGGGCUCAGGUGAGCGCGCCUCCCGCCGCCGCUGCCCUAAAUGCCCCCGCCGCGCCGAGCCGGGCCAUGGAGCUGAUGGAGCAGCGCCUGCUCGACGCGCUCGCCUACCUGGAGAGCGCGCUGGGCGUCCUGUGCAUGCUGCUCGUCCGCCGCUUCGGCACGUCCUACGGCCGCUACUGGUCGCCGGGCUCCGCCUGGCCGGUGCCGGCGCGCUCCGGCUGGGUGCUGCAGGAGCUGCCCUCGCUCGCCGUGCCCCUCCUCCUGUGCGCCCACGCGCCCGCCGAGCGCCUCGCCCGCUGGCCCAACGGCGUCCUGCUGGCCAUGUUCCUCGUCCACUACGCGCACAGGUCCUUGAUUUUCCCAUUUCUGAUUCGAGGGGGAAAACCAAUGCCACUCUACUCGUGGACUUUGGCAUUCGUAUUCUGUGCCUUUAAUGGCUACCUGCAAGGCAGGUACCUGAGCCAGUAUGCGGUGUACGAUGAGGACUGGGUCACCGAUCCCCGGUUCCUGACAGGUUUCAUCUUGUGGUUAACGGGCAUGCUGAUAAACAUCCAUUCGGACCACAUCCUAAGGAAUCUCAGAAAACCGGGUGAAACUGGAUACAAAAUACCAAGGGGAGGCUUAUUUGAAUAUAUAACUGCAGCCAACUACUUUGGAGAAAUAAUUGAGUGGUGUGGCUUUGCGCUUGCCAGCUGGUCCAUUCAAGGCCUGGCUUUUGCCCUGUUCACAUUUUGUUUUUUGUUCAGCAGAGCAAAACAGCAUCACCAGUGGUACCUCGAUAAGUUUGAAGAUUAUCCAAAGUUCAGAAAAAUUUUAAUUCCAUUUUUGGUUUGAGUACAUUGUCAAUGAAAUUAUCAACGUGAAGAUUUUCAAUGAUUUUUCUCUAAGAAAUAUUAUAAAUGAAUUGUAUCUCUAUAGUUUUCCUGGCACUUGAUCUUUUUCAAGAAGUGCUCUAUGACUUUUUUCCAAGGAAAUUUGUAAGCUGCCUAGUAACAAAUGAAUCAGACUGAAAUACACGUUGCAGUGUUAUGGUCUGUAUUAGUUAGGGUUCUCUAGGGAAACAGAAUCAAUAAGAGGUAUCUGUAAAUAUAAGAUUUUGUAGAAGUGUCUCAUGCAACUGUGGGGAUGCACAAGUCCAAAUUCUGUAAGGCAGGAAGCGAACUGGCAACUCCUAUGAAGGUAUUUGAGGAACUCCUCAGCAAACGCUUCACUGGUCAGCUGAAGAAGAAGUGACGGUCCUCCAUCUGUCUAGCUUAAAAGUCUUCAACUGACUGGAUUAAAUCCAGCUGAUUGCAUUCUCUCAUUGUGGAAGACACGCCCAU